AUGGUUGGGGGAUUGUUGCUUGGUAAGUCGCUUGAUGAGUGGCUCCAUAUUGAAGAGAACUGGCUCUUAGAUUUAAGAGAUGAAAAUUCAGUAUCCAAGAUUUUAAAACUGAGUUUUGAUCAUUUGUGGUCACCAGCACUCAAAAAGUGUUUUGCAUAUUGUUCGAUAUAUCCUAAAGGAUAUGACUUACUAAGGGAACGCUUGGUUGAGUUGUGGAUGGCAGAGGGAUUUCUUGGAGGAAAUGAUGAUAUGGAGAUUGUGGGCAACAUGUUCUUUCAUAACCUUUUAGAGAACUCCUUGUUGCUACAAGUUGUGGAGAGAAACGAAUCUAUUGGUGAUCUCUAUCACUUGCAGACAUUAAGAGCAUGUGCUGACCUGGAGAAGUUGCCAAACACAAUGAAACACUUGAUGAACUUGAGACAUCUCCACCUUCCUUCUCGAAUUGAAUUGCCUCCGGAGAUGGGGAGAUUAAUUUCUCUUCGAACACUACUAUACUUUGGAGUGAGCGAUAAAAAGGGUUGUGGAAUUGGUGAACUCGGAAGCUUGAAGAAUCUAAAAGGGGAACUGGAGAUUUAUAAUCUUGAAAAGGUGCAUGACAAAGAAGAGGCUAAAAGAGCAGAUUUAUUAGAGAAGAAGAAAUCUGCCACCAUGGUGUUCAAUGAUAAUGUGAAAUCCAUAGCUCCGUCAUUCUACGGAAUAGACAAGUGUAGCAGAUCAGGUAAUACAAUUACUAUAUUUCCGGCACUUGAAAGGCUCGAGUUGGUUUGUAUGUGGAAGCUGACAGAGUGGUUAGAAGCAGAGUUGAUGCCAAAUGCAACGGACAAUCGACGAUUAUCUCAACUUGUGGUGGUAUUUCCUCGCCUCGAGUACGUGAAGAUUAUAAUGUGCAUGCAAUUGGAGAGUGCUCCAAGUCAUUUUCCAUGCCUAAAAGAAUUGGAGAUUUCUCAAGCCCACAGUGAAUUACCUUUGGCGAGUAUAUGUGGGAUCAAAUUAAUCUCGCUUACAAAACUCCGAAUUAAUUCAAUUGACGGAUUGAGUGGCUACGCCUCUCUACUAAAAAAGUUGGAGAUAUGUUAUUGUCCGAAUUUUAGAGAGUUACCCUAUCCACACGAAUCACAUGGUGAGCAAGAAUUAUUAUUACUAGGAUUGAGUUGCCUUCGUGAAUUGAGUAUUCGUAAAUGCCCCGGGUUGACCGAGUUGCCAAGUGAAAUGAUAGAGUCAUGUGCGGAGUCACUCGAGAAGUUGGAAUUGCUUGAAUUGAGCAACUUAAGGAUGGAUGUGGGAAUGGUGACGGGGUGUUUGCAGAAAAUGCAUCGUCUCUCGGAGUUAAGGAUUGCUGAUAUUCCAACCACCAAUUCCUCGAAGAUUGGGUUAUCGUCUAGUGACUGCAGCUUGCGGGGUACUUUAAGCACGAGUACAAGUUACGGUGAGUCCUCACAUUCCUCGGUUUUCGAUGCCAUCUUGAAAGGUUCAGCAAAAUCUCUUUGUACAUUAUACUUGUACGGGACAAAGCAGAGUCGGGAUCUACCAGAGCAGCUUCAACAUCUCACUGCUCCUUUAGAGAUAUACUUACAUGAUUUCGAAGAGAUUGAAGAAUUGCCUGAUUGGGUAAUUGGGAACAACAACAACAACAACUUGUCUUAA